AUGAUCUCCCCCUCGUCGUCCUUUUUGAUGACCGGGACACCGUAUGGCCAGUCUUCUGCAGUCUCGUCCGGUGUUUCUGCAGGCGUGGCCGGCCUGCCAACUUCGGGACCAGCAACGUCCCAGCAGAUGUCUGCUGCAGUUGUCUCUGCAGGGGCCUCUCCUAUGAUGCCCAUGGCAUCGCCAGGGACUUACAUCAGCGGCCUGAGCUCAGAGGCCGAAGAGGACCAGGCAACUUCUCUAGCUGCAGCACGCAGCAUUCAGGGUCGCCGCAGAUCCGAACGGCUCGGCCGAGCUAACCCGUCACCGCCGCCAACAACCGCAGGAUCUGCCUCUAGUUCCACGACAUCUGGAAAUUCAUCUGGAGAUACCUUCCGUCCGCAGUUUUCCACACAGGUGGACAUUCUCAUGCGCACGAUCCAGUCUCGUGCGGAGGAGGCGGCCGAUAAGAAGACACCUGGCUCCAGCUAUCAGCAGAGCCAGGGUCAGUCGCCCAUGUACAGCUCGCAGACGAUGGGAACGUCUCCGACAGGCACCCUGGGAACAGAAGACGAAGCCGUCGAGCCUGUGACGAAGCCGUUUGCCUGUACCAUCGCAAACUGCACAAUGACCUUUUGGCAGAAGACACAUCUUGAUAUUCAUAAGCGCUCCCAUACAGGCGAGAAGCCAUAUGUCUGCAGCUAUGUUGGAUGCGGCGCGCACUUCUCCCAGCUCGGCAACCUGCGUACACAUGAGCGACGACACACUGGCGAGAAGCCGUUUCGUUGCGACAAAUGUGGAAAGUACUUCGCCCAGCGUGGAAACCUCAAGGCCCACGUCAAGACUCACCUGCGGCUGCAGCCCUAUGAGUGCCGUCUCGACUUGUGCAAGAAGCGCUUCACCCAGCUCGGAAAUAUGAAGGCCCACCAGAACAAGUACCAUGCGACUUCCCUGGCGGCCCUGACAAACAAGUUUGCCCAAGCUGCAGAAGGAGACGAGGAAGCAGCUGCAUCCAUCACUGAAGAGGACCGCGAGCUCUUCCAGCACUUUGCCGAUCUCUACAAGAAUAGCAACAAGGGCAUCAAGGGUCGUGGCAAGCAUCGGCGGGUGCGUCCCGUAGUGCCGAAGCUGCCGAUCUCAGCAGACAUUAUGAAUUCUGCGCCAACCUUUGGAAAUGACCCAGCAUCGUCGUCUCGCCGAACAAGAAUCAGCCGGGGCGGAAUUCGUGGAGCUGGAGAUGCAACGCAGCCGAAUAUGCUGGGCAUGCCGGGACCCAUGGCGCAUCAUCCGGCAAUAACGCCGACUUCUGCAGAUGGAUACAUGGUAUACCCGUCUCUUUCAAGUCAUUCUCCGUCAGGAGCAUCGACGGUUCCAUACAGCUCCAGUCUCGGCAAGCUGGUCAAUGGACCCCCCGACAAUAGCUCAAUCACGGCUGCAGGUCAUGGCGGUCACAACGGCCACAACAAUGGCAGCGCGUAUGGCCACCAUCACGGACACCCGCCGCCACUGCCGCCACCGUUGCUUCCAUCAGGGCCGUACGGAGGCCAGCCGGCCAUGACGCACAGCAUAUCAUCCUCCCAUGCGCAUGCGUCGCAUCAGGGCCACCAUCAUCCAGCCCAUCAGCAUCCACACGGCAACCUGCAUGGCCAACCUAUGCAUGGAAUCGCCAGCAUCCACGGUCACUCAUCGCAGCAUGGACACGGCGGUCCCUCGGGGCCGGUUGGCCCUCACCCAGGCCACCAGCACCAUGGCCACCCUGGCCACUCGUCGACUGCCGCCAAUGGUCGCCAGCCAUCUGCGACAGGGUUUGUGUCGUACGACAACGAUCCUGUACGCGGCAACGGCAUGUACGACAAUGGUGUGUACUAG